CUGUAUAAAGGGGUUGAGGUCACGGAGAAGGAGCAAAAGCGCGACGGGACUUAGCUGGAGGACCCGAACCAGAAACCUCAAGUCCCCGCGUCAUCCCGCCAGCUCUCUCUUGCCCUGGGAACCAGUACGUCCACCCUCCCUCUAGGCUCGCUGGCUCGUGGCCAAGGAGCUCGCGCGCCGCCUCCGCCCCGAACGCAAACAGCUGUUCCCCGAGACGUCGCCGCCCUAAACUUUGCCAAGUACUCCACACGCACUUUGCCCAGCGGAGCAACCUGGACCUGUAGGCUGGGUGCUGUUGGCAGAGUUUAAAAAAAAAAACAAAAAACGGCAAGGUGAAGCAGUUGGUUUCGGGGCCACGAGUUGCUGGGGUUUGCCUCAGAACUUUUCUGCGGUGGCGGAUCGGACGCGUUCCCUUUCCUCUACGCCCGCGCGCUAGGUCUGGGCUUGUUCCCUUGCUCUGGAGCGUGUGGGCAGUGGCGGGAGCGGCUCCUGUGGCGCAGAGGCGGCGGAGCCAAACUAACGACAAGAAGUGGAGAGGAGACACGGCAGCACCGGCGCUUGUCAGGCCAAGAAGUUCUAGAGAAGAAAAUUGUCAGAAAAAUUGCCUCAGUUUGAAUACAGUAUCAGAAAAUUUGAAGACCUUCCCUAGGGAACCCAUGAAAAUCUGAAGCACCCUUCCUGAAGAAAACCUGGGUGUACAGUAACUUCACAGACUUAGCUGGGGUUUUUUGUUUUCUUUUGUUUUUAACCCAAAUCGUCACUGGAUUCUGCUGCCUGAUACUUGAACCUGUUUGGAAUUUUUCUCAUGUGGAUCUAAGGGGAAUGUUUUAUUAUGGCUGCUGUUGUCCAACAGAACGACCUAGUAUUUGAAUUUGCUAGUAACAUCAUGGAGGAUGAACAACAGGUUGGUGAUCCAGCUAUUUUUCCUGCUGUAAUAGUGGAACAUGUUCCUGGUGCUGAUAUUCUCAAUAGUUAUGCGGGUCUGGCCUGUGUGGAAGAACCCAAUGACAUGAUUACUGAGAGCUCCCUUGAUGUUGCCGAAGAAGAGAUCAUAGAUGAUGAUGAUGAAAACAUCACCCUUACAGUUGAAGCUUCUUGUCAUAAUGGGGAUGAAACAAUUGAAACUAUCGAGGCUGCUGAGGCACUCCUCAAUAUGGAUUCUCCUGGCCCUGUGCUGGAUGAAAAACGAAUGAAUAAUAAUAUUUUUAGUUCAUCUGAAGAUGACAUUGUUGUUACCCCAAUCACCCAUGUAUCCGUCACAUUAGAUGGGAUUCCUGAAGUGAUGGAAACUCAGCAGGUUCAAGAGACAUAUGCACGCUCACCGGGAGCCUCCUCACCAGAACAACCUAAGAGAAAGAAAGGGAGAAAAACUAAACCACCACGACCAGAUUCCCCAGCCACUACACCAAACAUAUCUGUGAAGAAGAAAAACAAAGAUGGGAAGGGAAACACAAUUUAUCUUUGGGAAUUUUUACUGGCACUCCUCCAGGACAAAGCUACUUGUCCUAAAUAUAUCAAAUGGACACAGCGAGAAAAAGGCAUUUUUAAAUUGGUAGAUUCUAAAGCAGUAUCCAGGUUGUGGGGGAAGCACAAAAACAAACCUGAUAUGAAUUAUGAGACCAUGGGAAGAGCUCUCAGGUACUAUUACCAAAGGGGUAUUCUGGCAAAAGUAGAAGGUCAGCGCUUGGUGUAUCAGUUUAAGGAAAUGCCAAAGGAUCUUAUUUAUAUAGAUGAUGAGGAUCCAAGUUCCAGCAUAGAGUCUUCAGAUCCAUCACUGUCUUCAACAACCACUUCAAGCAGGAACCAAGCAGGCCGAUCAAGAGUAUCGUCAAGUCCAGGGAUAAAAGGAGGAGCCACUACAGUUCUAAAAUCAGGGCAUUGUAAAGCUACAAAAAGCAAAGAUCCUGUGGAAGUCACGCAGCCGUCAGAAGUUCUGAGGACAGUGCAUCCCGCACAGUCUCCGUAUCCCACCCAGCUCCUCCGGACUGUGCAUGUAGUGCAGCCAGUACACACUGUCCAAGAAGGAGAAGCAGCCCUCAUCAGCUGUGUGCAGGAUGAAACGUUAAAUUCUUCCGUUCAGAGUAUUAGGACUAUACAGGCUCCAGCCCAAGUUCCAGUGGUUGUAUCUCCUGGGAACCAGCAUUUGCACACAGUAACACUCCAGACAGUGCCAAUCACAACAGUUAUAGCCAGCACAGAUCCAUCGUCAGGUGCUGGGUCUCAGAAGUUUAUUUUACAAGCCAUUCCAUCAUCACAGCCCAUGACAGUACUGAAAGAAAAUGUCAUGUUACAGUCUCAGAAGCCAGGCUCUCCUCCUUCAAUUGUCUUGAGCCCUGCUCAUGUACAGCAGGUUCUCACUAGCAAUGUUCCAUCUGUUUGCAAUGGAACUGUCAGUGUGGCUUCAUCUUCAUCCUUCAGUGCUACUACGCCUGUGGUGACCUUUUCUCCUCGCAGUUCACAACUGGUUGCCCACCCACCUGGCACUGUAAUUACUUCAGUUAUCAAAGCUCAAGAAACAAAAACUCUCACACAGGAAGUAGAGAAAAAGGAGGUUGAAGAUAAUUUGAAAGAAGACACUGAGAAGACUGAACAACAGCCACAGCCUUACGUGAUGGUGGUUUCCAAUUCUAGUGGAUUUGCCUCUCAGGUAGCUAUAAAACAAAAUGAACUGCUGGAACCCAACUCUUUUUAAUUAAAAUACCAAAAGAAUUAUGGCUUUUUUUAAUUGAACAUUUCUAAUUGAAUGCAAACUAUCUGAUUCUAAGACAAUUUCUAAAGAUGUUACUAAUUUUGUAGUUGUUAAAAAUAAUAGAGUUAAUUUUGACUUUGUUAGAUGA